AUGGCUACUUCUGCCCCUGAAAGGCGACGGCGACCGCGAAGCGGAAGCUUAAGAUUGUCCGCAGAGGAAUACGAAUCUAUCCCAGAGUCGGAGGAACCGUUAAGCAGUGGAAUAAGGCUACCGAGGGCAAAUCCGCAACCUGAUGGUUCAUCUUUCGCAUUGAAGAAUGCCCCACCUCCAUUGCCUCCGAAACCGUCGUUUGCCCGAGGAUCCGCCAUCCAUAACCCAGCUGCCCCCCCUCCUUUACCACCAAAACCAGAAAACGUUCGUGGAGAGAAAAUUGUCGACCUCCCACAGCGAACUCGCCCAGCGACUAAUUUCUCACUGCACAGACAUAGUGGUACUGAUUUCGAUGAGAUCUCCCAGGGUGCAGCUCUUUUGCCCCCAUCGAGGCCUGUACCGGCUGUGCCGAGCUCCGAUAGGAAGCCAAGUUAUGGUGAAGAAGGUUCAUGGCUGCCGAGUAACAUGGAUGAACGUAGCCAGUUUGACCCCCCGUUUCCACCAGAGCCCACCAUUGUGUCAGAGGGAGAUUUAAUGAGGAGCUCAGGAGGACCUGUGGACACCAGCACACAAUCUUUCAUAGAGCACAUUCCCAAUUUGACCUUGCCCCUUCCUCUUCCACCGUACAGUGCUCAACGUUAUAGAACAUCCUCAAUGUUCCCUCCGAUACCGAGGUCUGACCAACACGAAGGUAACUUGACGGAGGGGUUUCUUUCGUUGUCCAUUAGCAGUGCAGAAGACUCGCAAGUUGGCGCAGUGGUUCUCAGCCAACAGCGCCUGAAAGGCAUUGCUCCAUUACCAAUUCAGAAUAGGGCGCCUGUAAAAUGGCGGUUUUAUCCAAGAAAUGAAUCUGGAGGGGAGGCUUGGAGUGUGCUGCAUGAGUACUUAACGAACACAGCGUUAAAAGCACAUGGAAGGAACCGUGCGCUGCAAUUACUAACCGGAUACGUUGUAAGUGCUUGUCUGGAGGGGUUUGAAGCUGGUUAUGGACUUCUUUCGCAAAUCGUGAGGCGAAUGCGAGGAGCGGAAAGAAGUGAACGAGAUGGUUCGAUUUUUACGAUUUUGAUUAACAUCGCAGCGCACACAAGCUUUGUUCACAAAAGUUCGUGGGCGUCAGUGGAAGGGGUUGCUCAAAAAGUAUUUUCUGAAGUUGUCGAACAUAUGCAUGGUCGGCAAGACGAUUAUGUCAUGUGGGAUAGGGCGUUACGCUGCUUCUUGGUGUUGCUGAGAGCGAGUAACCGCAGACCGAGCGAACGAAUUUCGUCCCGCUGUCUUUCUGCGCUUGCGCUUCACGUUGGUGACCUCACUCACACAGACGUGGACCACGUCCUUGUCAAUGAAGGAAUCUACCAGAGACUCUACAGUCUUCCUGAUGAUAGUUUGGGCACAAGCGUUGACUACGGGUGCAUGGAGGAAAUCGGGGGACUGGACACGGUGCUAACAAUUUAUACGGAUACUGCGUCCUCAUCAGUUCGCCAGGGCCUUUUCCGAGUCAUUUAUGACGUUGCUGUCAGAAUCUGUCUGGAAAAUACAUCUCAAGCAGAUGUUGACAUUCUACGGGAUCACAUCGUCACUUUUCGGGCAUUACUUGAGGUUUGCGAGAUGAGCGAAUGCUUUGUCCACACCUUUCGGGUUGGGCCCUGGCCUGAUUUUGUCAUGGACACGAUAAGAUUGUUGCUCUUUGACCCGCUCGGAUGGAAAUCUAUGGACUCUCUGACAGGUCGCAUCAAUGAAGACUCUUCCGCAAAUGAUAGGACCGUUUUGCGGGAGAAGGCAGAAAGUAGCUCUAUUAGUGGAACCCGUCUCAGUGGCACAAUCGGAAGAGCCUACCAGUCUUCUGUUUCCAGAUAUGUCGUUUCCAUUCGAACAAUGGUAAGACUGUUAGACAAGCCUUUUUGUCUGAAAGUCAUCCAACAGCUUGAGAAAAUGGCAAUUGAGCACGCCGCCCGCCUAUCGAAACGAGAAACGACUCAUUUCGCAAGGGAGUGGAGAAUUCUAUGCGAAAUCGAGUCGCAGCUCCAAAGGUUUAUAUUUUCCAGAGAAGAAGAAUCAGAAUGGUCUCUGACUGAAACCCUGACCAAAUUCUACGUAGCGACAGUGGACAUGACCUCAGGAAGAUGUAACCUCGGAAGCGUCUUGAGACUGUCUGAGAUGAUAAUCGAUUUUUUCGCGGUUAAAGUACCAUUCUCGAAGCGUACAAGUGUGCUCGCAAAUGUAGCAGUGGACUCCGGACCAAAAAUGUUUUUGAAAGGCCAAUUUCUAGUUUCGAAGGAGCUAUUGGAGAAGGCAAAUCCGUCAAUAUUUACCUUGUUGCUACUUGCAACGAAGACGAAGCGACCUUCGCAAAGAUUAUCUGAAUGUCGCCAAUGCUUAAUCGAGUUCCUUGGGUCGAACCAAAAAAGAGUGGAACUGCUUCAACCGUUUGUUCAAGAGGAAGAUGCUGCGGUCGCAUACCGGGCAGGAGAGCUCGUUAGCAAAUUUCCACAUUUUAGUGAGAUGACCCCGGAUGAUGCGGCAAAGUCCAUCGGGCAAAACUAACUGGUAAACUAUUGUUAACUAU